UAUACUGAGGUACAGGGUGCUGUGAUACUGAAAGCUGUUCCAUCUACUAUGGACCAAGGCAACUACUCUAGAGUGACUGAGUUUGUGUUGCUGGGACUCUCCAGUUCCUGGGAGCUCCAGUAUUUCUUCUUCGUGUUUUUUAACAUUUUAUACAUAUCAAUUGUGUUAGGAAAUCUCCUCAUUGUCCUCACAGUAAUAUCUGAACCUGCCCUGCAUACCCCCAUGUAUGUAAUGCUCAGUAACCUUUCUGUUCUUGACAUAUUUCUGGCCACAUAUGCAACUCCCAAAAUGAUUAAUGACUUCCUUCAUGAACUCAAGACCAUCUCUUUUGAAGGUUGCAUGGCCCAGAUAUUCUUGCUUCAUGUCUUUGCUGGUGGUGAAAUGAUGCUUCUUGUAGCCAUGGCAUAUGACAGGUAUGUAGCUAUAUGCAAACCUCUCCAUUAUGCAACCAUCAUGAACUCGUGCAAAUGCACAAGUUUAGUUGUAGGCUCUUGGGUCAUUGGAGUCAUACACUCUCUGAGUCAGCUGACUUUCACUGUAAACUUACCUUUCUGUGGUCCAAAUAUAGUAGAUAGUUAUUACUGUGACCUCACUUUGGUUAUCAAACUUGCUUGCACAGAUACUUAUGUCCCUGAAGUGUUGAUGCUUUUGGACAGUGGUUUAAUGGGGGUGAGUUCAUUCUUGCUCUUGCUCAUUUCAUACAUGGUCAUCCUGGUCACUAUGUGGCGUCGAUCAAUAGCGGGCAUGAUCAAGGCCCGUAGCACCCUGACAGCCCACAUCACUGUUGUAUCCCUCUUCUUUGGGCCAUGCAUCUUCAUCUAUGCCUGGCCUUUUAGCAACUUCCCAGUGGAUAAGGUCCUUUCUGUGUUCUCUACUGUUUUUACACCAAUAUUGAAUCCUAUUAUCUACACAUUAAGAAACAAGGAGGUGAAAUCAGCAAUGCAUAAAUUGAAGACCAGAUAUAUAAAUUCCAGAAUGCUUUUACAACAUCCUAUCAAAGGAUGUUAA